AUGAGCGUUCUCGGUGUCAAUGGAUUCUUCCGUCUCCACGACUUUAUAAUACCAAUUCACAAGAACGUUGGACCGUUCAAUGUCACUUCCAACACUAAAUUCACCCAUCUAUCGUUAGGGAUCGAGCCCGAGCCAACAGAGCAAGUUGCUCGGGCGGACCUACCUCAAGAAGCCCUAAUGGUGAAGGAGUUUGCCUCUUUGGUGACCAAGAUUCGAGACCAUGGGUCGGAAUCGGAGAAGAAGUGGUCUACUAUAAGUAGGAAGACUCAGCUAAUCGUCGACGCCGUGAAGGCGUCGAUCGACAAGGGCUACGUGGCAGUUGAGAUUGUGGAGUAG